AUGAAUGACGUCAAAGGAUACAUGGAGGCCCACGAACUGCAGGCUCAUGAAGAUGCCGAUCUUAUCGAAGAGUUUAGUGACGAACUUGCAAAAAUGACCGGAAAGUGCAUCGACAUCGGCUGCGGCCCUGCCUCAGUUACGCGCAAGCUCCUCAUGCCCCGACUGCCACCUAAUGUUCACAUCGUUGCUGUGGGGAUAGGAAAAAUCAGAUACAACCCAUAUCUGGAAAGUAAAAAAGUGUCAGAUAGUCCAAGAGCAUUUGAAAAUAUUUACCAAAUUCUGCGGCCAGGUGGAAGAGCCCUGGUGCUGUAUGUAGCUUACCACAAAAUAUUUGACUGCUACCUAAGAAUAGCUCAGAUGUCUCAAUACAAACCGUAUAUGACGGAAGUCACUAAAUUCAUCCCAAAAUUUCAACAUUGUGACAGUCCAACGGUUCAGAUGAAGAAAAUACUUGAGGAAACCGGUUUUAAGGUCUUGCACUGCAGCUUACGCAAAAAGACGUACAUCUUCAGAAAUUUGGAAAUCGCAAAGAAACACUUUGUGGCUGCUAAUCCAUUCAUAAGCAAAAUGCCAGAGAACGUUGGAAAAGAAUUCGGAAAUGUUCUGGCACGCGAAUUCGCAAGUAAAAAAAAUAAGGAAUUAAACGAGGAGGAGGAAGUACUUGACCUGCAUCAUUUACUCAUCAUUUAUUUGGAGAAGCCGGAAAGAGAAAAAUAA